AUGAGUCCGCAGGCAUUUUUGGGAUGCGUUUGCCUGCUUUGCUUGGCCUGGGGGAGCUCRGCUCGAGGGAACCUGCAGCCACUCUCAUUCCAGCCCGGGAUCCUGUACCAGUACCGCUAUUCCCUGGAUGUCCAGCUGGAUUACGUGUCCAAGCCACCCCUGCAGGGAAGCUGGGUGAAGGCUGAAGCUUUGGUUCAGGUGCACCGGCUCUGGAGGCAUCAAGCAGGGGAAGAGCUGCUCCAGCUGCAGAUCCAAGACCUAAAACCCUAUCACGCACCAGAGCCAAAGAGGAGUCAGGAUGGUGCUGGAGACUCAUCUGUGGCCAUCAUGCUGAGCCAGGAGAUCCAAGCAGAGCUGCAGCAGCCUGUUUUCAUCUCCUGGAACGGCGGGAAGGUCAAGGCCUUGUAUGGAGAUACAGCAGAGAGUCCCCUGGUCACCAACCUGAAGCGAGGCCUCGUCGGGCUGCUCCAGGUCCAACCCCAUCCCGGCACGGCAGUGGAGGAGGACAUUUCUGGCAGCUGUCAAGUCACAUACGCUGUUUCCAAUGAUUCUGCUGUGAAGACAAAAGAUCUCCUCAGCUGCACAAAGCCAAAGGUUGGAUUUGCCACUGCAAACAAGAUUUUCAGCAUCCAGUGGCAACCCAUGAGCAAGAGUCUCUACUUGGUGAGAGACAACAUCAUCCAGUCAGUGCUAGCGGAGGAGAGUCACACGGUGUCCCUGAGCCUGAGGUCCACCACUGGGAUCGAGGUCCAUUCAAGGCAACAGCUUGAGCUGGUGUCUUCUUCCACACCUGGUCCUGCAGAGGUGCCCGGACAAAGCCUGGAGGAGGUGCUGGCCAGCACGGAGGGCAAGCGCCAGCCCCUGGGCAUGGCCGGCCUGCCUUUCCGGAGGGUCUGCAUCCAUUGCCCUUCGCUCCAGACCUACCUGAAGGUUUCCGACCGCUGGCGAGUGAAGAUGGACACAGCCAAGGUGGCAACAACGUGGCACUUCCAGAGGUUCAUCCAGAUGCUGCGCAGAGCCAAGAAGAGGGAUAUCCUGCAGCUGCUGGGCAAGGCUCCGGAGGAGAUGGUCCCCUUCUUUGUGGAGGCCGCAGUGGCCGCACAAUCCGUGGCAUCCUUGGCAGCUCUCUCCGACUACCUGGAUUUUGGCAAGGCCCCCAAGUCCCUGWUGGAGACGUUCCUCUACGCAGCAGCUUUCUCCCCCCGGCCUUCCAAGGAGCUUCUCACCUUGGUGCUAGACAAGCUCCAAGGGAAGCAGCUGGAACCAGAGGUCUGGGAGACAGGGAUUGUUGCAAUAGGUUCCCUCAUCGGCAAACUCUGCCAGCAGGAGCUGUGUGGAUCGCAGGAGGUGUCACGUGGAGCGGAGACCCUCCUGCGGGGCCUGGGAAGCACCAGCGAGGAGUCGGAGGUGCUCACGUACCUGGUGUCGCUGAGGAACGCCAUGCUGCCCGAGGCCAUCCCCAUGCUCCUGCGUCACGCUGAGGAAGGCCCUAUGGUGGUGGCCGCCGCGGCCGUGACCGCCCUGAGGAGCUUCCCCACACAUCACAUCUCCAAGGAGGUGAAGAGAGCGAUGAGGAGGAUUUUCCACGAGACGAGGAAGAGCUACGAGAAGACCUGCCGCCUGGCUGCUGCCGACAUCCUCAUGGACAACGAGCCUUUGCCCAUGGAUAUCGUCAACAUCCUGCUGGCCACCAAGGAGCUGGAGCCCGAAAUGGCCACGCUCCUGCAGAUGAAGGUCCAGAACAGCUUGCAUGCUGAGCACCACCCGGCCAGGAACGUGGUGAAGACCAUCAUGAGAGACCCACGGAUCAACAACUACAACUGCUUUUCCAAAGCCGGCAUGUCCUCUGCCUUCACUGGGCCCCUGGCAGUCACCCAGGAUCUGCUCUCCACCUUCGGGCUGGAGCUGCUGUUUGCGGAGGGGGGACUCCUGAGAAAGAGCAUCUCUGACUUCUCGCUGUUCAGCUGUGGCCAUCGGCUUCACAUGGCUGAGGUCACUCUUGAAGCACAAGGGAUGGAGUCUAUGCUUGGAGAAAACACCCUGGAAGGCCAAGAGGAGCCAGAGCUCAUGGCUGGGAUGUCUGCCGCUUUCUUUGACGUUCACUUGCGGCCAGUGGUGUUCUUCAAGGGAUAUACAGACUUGAUGGCCAAGGUCUUGCUGAGCAGCGGAGAACCCACAAGUGUGGUCAGAGGGAAUCUCCUACUGAUGGACCAUUACCAGGUCAUUCCACUACAGUCUGGUCUACAAGUGGUGGUCAAACUCCAAGGUGGGCUUGGGCUUGACAUCUCAGCCAACAUGGACGUGAGCAUAUGGGAGCAGGACCUGAAGACCAGCAUCAACACAAGGGCAAGCCUAGCCAUCGAUUUCCAGGCAGAGCUAGAUGCCCCUUUCUUCCAAACCACCAUGAGAAGCCAGACCGAGGUGGAGACCUCAAUCCACUUUGACACGGCCCUGCGGUUUUCCGAGAGCCCUGUGCUCAUGUGCCUGCAGCUCAGAGAGGACCAGGUCCCGUACAGAGAGAUCUUCACCACGUCCAAAUCGGUCGGGAGCCAGAGCAGCACCACACGGAAAGGCCGGCAGGGCACCGUGGCCGGGCGGCAGCUCGCCUUGCACAGGGCCAACUCCAGGAUGUGCAGCCUGCUGCUGGCGGCGAGCGAAGACUAGGAGAGCUGGCGCGCUCCCCUCGCGCCACGUGCCCCUGCUCAGAUGCAGAGCUCGUGUACGAUGGGGUGGCUCCCGCCUGGAGCCUCCUUUCCUCUUCUUGAUGCCAAGUUUACAUAGCAGAGGAGAAGCGUCUGGCCUCUCUUAUCGCCUGACCAGCAUCUCC